UUCUCAAAACCAACGCACACAAACAAGAAAUACACACAAAUAUAUAAAAUGAAACUCACCGGAGUAUUUCUAUCAGCAGUAGUACUCCUCGGCGUGAUUAUCAACGUGGUAAAUUCAUGUCCACCGUCAGACCGGGAAGCAUUACUAGCAUUAAAAUCCGGUUUAACUGAACCGUAUUUAGGCAUUCUCAACACCUGGACCGGAACCGACUGCUGCACUAACUGGUACGGUAUCAGCUGUGACCCGACUGAUAACCGGGUUAACGAUAUAAUCCUACGUGGCGAAUCAGAAGAUAAAAUCUUACAAAAAACCGGCCGGUCCGGUUACAUGACCGGUUCACUUUCACCUUCUCUUUGUUCACUAGACCGCCUUACUACACUCAUUGUAGCUGACUGGAAAGCCAUCUCCGGCGAAAUUCCGGCGUGUAUAACCACCUUACCACACCUCCGUAUCCUAGAUCUCAUCGGAAACCAACUCACCGGACCUCUCCCUUCCGAUAUCGGAAAGCUAUCAAAACUCACUGUUCUCAAUGUCGCCUACAACAAACUCUCCGGCCAGAUCCCGCCGUCGAUUGUAAACCUGAAAAGCUUAAUGCACUUAGAUUUAAGCAAUAAUCAGCUCACCGGACCUCUUCCUUCGGAUUUCGGAAGCUUGUCUAUGAUGAGCAGAGCUUUAUUAAACCGAAACCAGUUAACCGGUUCAAUACCGGUUUCAUUAGCCGGGAUAUACCGGUUAGCUGAUUUAGAUUUAUCAAUGAAUAAAAUAUCCGGUUCAAUACCGGCUCAGUUCGGAUCUAUGCCGGUUUUGUCUACAUUAAACCUUGACAGUAACCAGCUGUCCGGUUCAAUCCCAGUUACUUUAUUAAGCAACAGUGGGUUAAAUAUAUUGAACUUAAGUAGAAAUGCAUUAGAAGGGAAUUUACCCGACGUUUUUACUGCGAGGACUUAUUUUACAGUACUCGAUUUAUCUUAUAAUAAGUUAAAAGGAUCGAUACCAAAAUCAUUAUCAUCAGCAAAGUUUAUUGGGCAUUUGGAUUUAAGUAAUAAUCAUUUGUGUGGUGAGAUUCCAGUUGGGGUUCCGUUUGAUCACCUUGAAGCGACGUCGUUUAGCAAUAAUGAUUGUUUGUGUGGCUUGCCGUUAAUGCAUGUUUGCUAGUAGUGGAUGCAAGUAACGACGUCGUAUUGGUUGUUAUGGGUUAAUUAUUGCCGUUAGUUAACGGUGCAUUAAAAAGUAUGUUCGCCUCUUAUUCUCUGUUAUUAUAUUUUGGAAAAUAAGUAUUUUUAAUUUAAUGUUGAUUUAAAUGUUAAUAUCCGUUGGGAAGCACAUGAAGAGGUUCUUCAGUAGUUCAGUAUAUGAAAAAUAUCGCAGUGUUAUUUUGGUACUUUCUUAUUGGAAUUAUUAUAUUGAAUGGAUCUACUUUUAUUUUAGUGUA